AUGGCGUCGUUGGAUUCUCCGCCGCCGGGGAAGCCCCCUCUGCCGUGGCGGGUGCGCCUGCUCGUGGGCGCAGCCUCAUUCCUACACUCCGCGUCCCUCCGCGCCGACGGCACCGUCAACCGCUCCCUCCUCUCCCUGUUCGAACGCACCGUCCCUCCUAGCUCCGCGCCCGAUGCCGCCGGCGUUUCGUCCACCGACCACGCCGUCUCCAGCCACCUCCGCGUCCGCCUGUUCGUUCCAGCGCCCGCCGCUAGCGGCAGCCAGAGCCAGCUGCCAGUGGUUGUAUAUUUCCACGGCGGCGGCUUCGUGUUCCACUCCGUGGCGACGGCCCAGUUCGACGCUCUGUGCCGCCGCCUCGCCGCGUCUAUCCCGGCCGUCGUCGCCUCCGUGGACUACCGCCUCGCGCCCGAGCACCGCGCCCCUUCCGCUUACGACGACGCGGAGGCGGCGCUCCGCUGGGCACUCGCCGGCGCCGGGGGCGCCUUGCCGUCUCCCCCCACCGCCGUCUUUGUCGCCGGGGAUAGCGCGGGCGGCAACGUCGCCCACCACGUCGCCGCGCGCCUGCAGGGCAGCGUGGCCGGGCUGGUCCUGCUGCAGCCGUUCUUCGGCGGCGAGGCGGCGACCGCGUCCGAGCAGCGGCUCCGCCACGCGCCGUUCGGGGCGCCGGAGCGGCUGGCGUGGCUGUGGCGCGCGUUCCUGCCGCCGGGCGCCACGCGGGACCACGAGUCGGCCAACGUGCCGGCCGCGAUCCAGCGCGACGGUGCCGCCGCGGGGAGGUGGCGCGCGUUCCCGCCGACGCUGGUGUGCGUGGGCGGGUGGGACGUGCACCAGGACAGGCAAAGGGCGUACGCGCACGCGCUGCGAGCCGCCGGCGCCGAGGAGGUCCGUGUCGCGGAGUUCCCCGACGCCAUCCACGCGUUCUACGUGUUCGACGGCUUCCCGGACAGCCAGAGGCUGCUGGCCGACGUGGCCGAGUUCGUGAACCGGCGGGCUGCCGAACACCUCGACGCGCCAGUGAACGACCAGUGUCCACUGUCCACUGGUUCGUAG